AUGGCUGGAUUCUCUGCUCUUGGGCUCCUCUCCCUGUGUCAGCUCUUGGCCACAGCAUCAGCUCAGUCCCUUCCGAGAAUUGGACCACAAGGCCCUCCUGGACCACGAGGACCCCCUGGACCAUCUGGCAAGGACGGCAUUGAUGGAGAGCCAGGCCCUCCUGGUUUGCCAGGCCCACCAGGGCCAAAAGGUGCACCAGGGAAGCCUGGAGCUGCAGGUGAAGCUGGAUUGCCUGGCCUUCCUGGAGUGGAUGGUUUAACAGGAACUGAUGGCCCCCCUGGCCCAAAUGGGCCUCCAGGAGACCGUGGUGCAUUAGGACCUGCUGGGCCACCUGGACCAGCUGGCAAAGGACUACCAGGACCUCCAGGGCCUCCAGGACCCAGUGGGCUCCCAGGUGGACAUGGAUUUCGGGGCCCUUCUGGACCUUUUGGUCUGCCAGGAUUCCCAGGGCCUCCUGGACCACCUGGGCCUCCUGGUCUUCCAGGUGCCCUUCCUGAUGGCGGUGGGGACCUUCAGUGCCCAGCUCUGUGCCCACCAGGUCCCCCAGGCCCCCCAGGAAUGCCAGGCUUCAAGGGACACACUGGUCACAAAGGGGAGCCUGGUGAAGUAGGAAAACAAGGAGAGAAGGGUAACCCUGGCCCUCCCGGCCCUCCCGGAAUUCCCGGCGGUGUCGGCCUGCAGGGCCCAAGAGGACUAAGAGGCCUCCCUGGUCCAAUGGGUCCAGCCGGCGACAGAGGUGACAUUGGAUUCAGAGGCCCACCUGGAAUCCCAGGACCUCCAGGGAAAGCUGGGGACCAAGGGAGCAAAGGACCUCAGGGAUUCCGGGGGCCCAAAGGUGACACUGGUAAACCUGGACCAAAAGGAAACCCAGGGGCUCGUGGACUCAUAGGAGAACCUGGAAUGCCUGGCAAGGAUGGGCGGGAUGGAGCUCCUGGACUCGAUGGUGAGAAGGGCGACGCAACUCCCAUGGGUGCUCCUGGAGAGAAGGGGCCAAAUGGACUUCCUGGUCUGCCUGGAAGAGCAGGUAUUAAAGGCUCAAAGGGUGAACCAGGCAGCCCUGGAGAGAUGGGAGAGGCAGGUCCCUCAGGAGAGCCAGGCAUCCCUGGUGAUGUUGGCAUUCCUGGUGAGAGAGGCCUGCCCGGACCCAGAGGAGCAACUGGACCACUUGGCCUCCAAGGCCCCACAGGAGCCCGAGGUGUCCGAGGUUUCCAGGGGCCCAAAGGUGCCAGUGGUGAGCCUGGCCUUCCUGGCCCGACUGGGAUCCGUGGAGAGACAGGUGACAGGGGUCCUGUUGGUGUUCCUGGUCCGAAGGGGAACCAGGGCAUUGCUGGAGCAGAUGGCCUGCCAGGUGACAAAGGAGAGCUGGGUCCCUUUGGACCCCCUGGCCAAAAAGGAGAGCCAGGAAAAAGAGGAGAACUUGGUCCAAAAGGUGUCCAAGGACCUAAUGGGACAGCUGGAGCACCAGGGAUCCCAGGACAUCCAGGACCCAUGGGUCACCAGGGAGAGAGGGGUGUCCCUGGCAUCACAGGAAAACCUGGACCUCCUGGAAAAGAGGCCAGUGAACAACAUAUCAGAGAACUCUGUGGGGAAAUGAUAAAUGAGCAAAUUGCACAGUUGGCUGCUAACCUGAGGAAGCCCUUGGCUCCUGGAAUGACGGGACGGCCUGGCCCAGCCGGGCCCCCAGGUCCUCCUGGAACCACAGGAAGUGUUGGGCAUCCUGGUCCUCGGGGGCCUCCUGGAUACAGAGGGCCAACAGGAGAGCUUGGUGAUCCUGGGCCCAGAGGUGACACCGGUGAAAAGGGAGAUAAAGGACCUGUUGGCCAAGGCAUCGAUGGGCCUGAUGGUGACCAAGGGCUGCAGGGACCACCUGGUGUGCCUGGAAUUACCAAAAACGGCCGUGAUGGUGCUCAGGGUGAACCUGGGCUGCCAGGGGAUCCUGGGACUCCUGGGACUAUUGGGGCUCAGGGAACUCCAGGAAUAUGUGACACGUCGGCUUGCAUGGGAGCUGUUGCUGCAUCAACUUCCAAAAAAUCAUAA